CCUUCUUCUUGUUCAGCCAGCACACUCUGUACCGCCGGGACGACUACUCCUUAGAACAAACACCAGUGGUUCAGGUACUAGGCCCAGCUACAAUCGGCGGAGCCAGCCAAUACUCCUCAGCAAGCUCUGUCCAGGUCUUUCGGACGCUCACACCGGGGGGAGGUGGGGGAGGGUAUGAAGACGUACACGCCGACGACAUCCGGCACCGUCCUCGAGCGCCUCGCGGGUGCUCUGGCCGUCUCCACCUUUAGUACCUGCUACUUCUACGCGGUGCUCUGGCUUCCCGCGGUGGGCCUGCUCUUCUUCUUUGUCUCCAGGACUGCCGCUGCUGCGGCCCUCGUUCCUUACGUCGUGUCGGCGGUGCUCCCGGCGAAAGCCCUUCCCUGGCUACUCAACACCUGGUUCUUUCGCUGCGCUUUGAAAUACCACGACUUCGAUGAGGUUGCGGAGACCUCCCAGGAAGAGAUUACUCUGAUCGAGAAGGACAAGAAGAUCAUCUUCGCGGCACAGCCUCACGGCGUCAUGUCCAUCACCGGCAUCUGCAGCGCCAUCAACAUGGCGCCGCGACCGACCCCGCCGACCUGCACUGCGGACGUGAUCCGGCGGAUACCCAUCAUGAAGCACGUCUUCGGGGUCUUCGGGCUGGUCGGGGCGUCGGGCCGCAGCCUGACGUCGACCCUCCGCCGGACGAGUGUCGUUCUCUACGUCGGCGGCAUAGCGGAGCUGUUCCUGUCUAACCCGUCGGAGGAGCGGCUAUACGUUGGAAAGCGCAAGGGUUUCAUAAAGCUGGCGAUGCAGACGGGAAGCGAGGUCAUCCCUUGCUACUACUUCGGGAACACCACCUGCCUCGAGAUUCUGCGACACCCAGUUUUGACGAGCGUCAGCCGCAAGUUAGGAGCUAGUAUCACUAUCCUCUGGGGGCGGUGGGGCUUGCCGAUCCCGAUGCCUGGCAAGUCGUUGUGCGUAAUCGGCAAGCCGAUAGGUAUCCCGAAGAAGGAGUUCCCCUCGGAAGAGGAUGUCGACAAAUACCACGCGGUGUACGUGAAGGAGGUGAAACGAAUCUUUGACACGUACAAAACACGCCUCCCGGACUACAAGGACAAGAAGAUCAUCAUCGAAACCUGAGUCUUAGUUUCUCGGGAGAGCGCGCGCAUGUGCGUGUUUGCAGCUGGAAGCACCGCAGUGCUUUGUUGAUUGUUCGUGCUGUGAACGCCGCCUCGGUGUGGUCGUCGAGUUCCCCCCCUCUCACAACGUUAGCGUGGGUGCGUGCGGGGGUACCCGUCGUAAGUAAAGUAGCAAUUUUGGGAUCGAUUCCUGCAGACCCAGCGAAAUUGUAAACAGUAUGCGGUACAACAGUCGUUCGACCCGGCACCUUUGAGAUCACGCACGUCCGCUUUGCGACAGCCACCAGAAAGGGAUUGUGUAACAAAUGGGAGAACGUCACAGAUUUCCCAUACUUCUCGGCCUGGUUCACACCACCAUUCCGGCGACUAGACGGAAUACUGCUUUCUGCUGCUAGCCCUUGAUUGUUGUGUGUGAGUACCCCCGUGGGGCAUCGUUGUCGGGCUCCCGCUGGUCGUUGGUCCAAUCCCGUUUGUGUACCCGAGAAGUUGAAGGCCUCCGGGGCCUCGGGGAUGUGCGUGUGUACAUGUGUCCUCCAGAGCAAGAAUAGCAAAAAAAUACGGGACAAGCUCCAAAUCCGUGCGCGGGUUAUGCGAUCUCUCAUUGAAGGAGCACCUCUGGGCAAAACUGCUGGAGGACAAAGUGUACACAUUUGCUUGCGAAGGUUGUUCCACGAAAUAUUUCGGAGCACGUGAGAAUGAUAGUGACGUAAUCACAGCGUGCCGUGCCGUGAGCACAACUUGUUGUUUGUUAGCUUACUCUCCCAUGCCCCUGUUGCUGGACGCUUGACAAUGGUCGAAUGCGAGUGGAAGGCCUUUAAAGCAUACAUCAUCUUGCCUGUCGCGGACGGGCAAAACAUUGAUAACCUUAAAGAAAGUAAUUUGCUUUGGACGGUCCAACCUCACACAGAAACCCCGUCGAUAUUUAUUGACGAUUCCCCUCGUCCAAAUCGGAUCGAGGCUCACUUUUCACUUCAUCGCCUCAUCGAGAAACGGGUUUUUCUCUAGUUGCUGCUGUUUCAUGGACGGGCAAUAGUAUCGACUCAACAAAUCUGUGAUGUGAUGGUGAUAGAUGGGUCUGGGUUUCUUGUGAGUGUGUGUCUUUGGAGUGUCGUAAGAGGCGGAGAGGUGGCAGGGGUCGGCGAGAUCGCACCUGGGUGCGCAAAGCAAUACAAGCACGGCGUGUUUUU